AGUAGGAGACACGGAGAACAGGGGUUCAUGCUGAUGAAAUUGAUCUGCUCAGUGAGCUCCAACCAGAGCCAUGGGGAGUACCCAGACUGCCGCAGUGAGAGGGAGUCGGGAGGGGAGGCGUCUCUCCUGGUGUCUCCGCUGGUGGUGGCGGGGAUCGUUAUAGGUCUGGUCCUCUUCCUCUCCUGCAUCACCAUCAUCGUCGGCAGCCUGCGCAAAGACAGUCGACUCCGCAACCCACACCUGCGAGCUAGCUACGGACCAGAUGGUUUUUCUUACGGAGGUUCAGUGGGAGAACUCAGGUCGACCUGCUUAGAAGACUUUCCUCCUGGUUUGGACUUUGACUCGUACAGAGAGACGCUGUCGCAGGUCAACAUUUACCCAGACUCACCUCCACGUUACGACGAGUGCGUCGGCCCUGGCUUGACUCAGAUCUACAUCCCCACAGAUGACCCUCCCCCUUACUCCCUGUUUGACCCCUGCCAGCGAGGGCCAGAGCAGGAGGAGCAGCCCGGCCGCACCAGCCCGGAUCCUUCUCCGUACUGCGGAGAGACCUCAGCCAGCGCUGGCUGGUUCUCCCCCUCCAACUACCCGCUGGGACUUCAGGAGCAUCAACACAUCGCAUCCAUCUCCUUCCCCCUGGAGGCAGCGCCGCCAUAUGAGUCUGUGCUGGCCGAGCAGGGACACCCGCUCCCCCUCAUGCCGUGUGACCUUUAUAAACACCAGUCACACAGGGGGGACGAUGGCGGCUCCCAGCAACCGGGGGCGAGCCACAUCUUGUAGGACGCUUGAUUUGUUUCUUUCACCUGCGCUGGUGCUUGUCCCCGGUUGAAGCAACAACAACACUUGUGGUGUGAGGCACAAAAUGGCAGUUACAGGAGCAGCUGUGACACCAAACAAUGGACACUAAUGAGAUGCACACAUCUGCCACACAGUUGCUAACACCUGAUGAGGCUGAACGUCAGCGUCUCAGUGGACUGACUCAGCCGGGACUCCAGUCUUCAACCUGCAGUUUGUUCCUGGACAAAAACUCACAUGUUAUCGUGUUGAACAGUUUCUGAAACGGCUCAAACUUCAUCCCAGUGAUGCUGAUUUGGACAAUUUCUCCAUCUGUUAAAACACUAUUGUGUAGUUUCUAGUUUUAUUUUAAGUUAAUAUAAAGUAUAUAAGAGCCAUG